UCUUUCACUUUCAUUUCCCGGAAGGUUUCUAUACUAACAGCAGUCUGACUCUCUUUCAGCACCGACUGCAUGUGGAUAAACGUUUGGCUUCAUCUUUCUCUAGAUAUAAAGACAGGUAUGAUCUUUUAAAGCUCAGUCGCUGAGCACUUCUUUACCUGUUGAUGAGAAUAAUGAGGUGUGAAGUUUACUAAGAACAAAAUGACCAACAGCUCUACAGCGCCUAAACUCAUCACGGACACAAGUGAUGGUGAACUUAAACUCCACACCACAAACCCCUCGACCUCAAUGUUUCCUGAAACACCAGAUGAACUCUGCAAACUUCCUGGAAGAUUACGUAUUAAUCCAUCUCUGUGGGAUAAAGACGAUGUUAACUUGUGGCUGCGCUGGGCACAGAAGGAAUACGCCCUGCGCCGUGCCAAUCACGAGAAGUUCGAGAUGAACGGAAAAGCACUGUGUCUCCUCACCAAGGAGGAUUUCCGUCUGCGCUGCCCCAGUUCAGGUGACGUCCUGUAUGAACUCCUACAGCACGUGAAGCAGCAGAGAAGCUGCACGGCACCUGGCUCCCUCGGGACUACAGGUCUGUGCAGUGCCGCUAACAGAUCUGUGCCUGUGUGUUCUGUGAACCCACACACUCGAACCACAUCAAGCCCAGAAAUGAGACAAAACUUCCAGGUUCAGCAUUACAGCCUUCCACAAACACACACAGAAACUCCAUGUGUUUCUGAAGAAAGAAAACCACAGCUCUCUCCAGUCCAAGCUGUCCAUCCCGAGGUCUCCAGCAGGAGAGACGAACCGCUCAACCUGUCCUUCAGAACAGAAUCAUCAAGGAUCAAAACACCAACAACUGAAGCCAACGGAAAAAUCGCAGAUUGCAGAUUAUUAUGGGAUUAUGUGUACCAACUGCUGGUGGACACCAGAUACGAAUCCUACAUCAAGUGGGAGGAUCGAGACGCUAUGAUCUUCAGAGUGGUCGAUCCCAACGGACUCGCUCGACUCUGGGGGAACCAUAAGAACCGAGCCAACAUGACCUACGAGAAAAUGUCUCGAGCACUGCGCCAUUACUAUAAACUCAACAUCAUCAAAAAAGAGUCGGGGCAGAGACUCCUCUUCAGGUUUCUUAAAACUCCUGAUGAGAUCAUUCAGAGUAGAUCUGAUCGCUCCGACCCUCCUGAGUCUCCCGACAGUCCCGUCUCUCCUGCUUACAAAGAGGGAACUCUGGAAGUAUCACCGUCCUCAAGCCCAGACCCUUGCAGUCCUGAACCUCUUCACAUCCUCAGUGUGUCCCCACUGCCAUAACCACCAGUUUUCAUGACAAAAUAUCUCCAUUUAGCCCUCCAUCAUGGGUUAAAUCCCAACCCUGCUUGUCCCAAUUUCCACUCUAAAUUUCUUCAUGUAAAACAAACUGGUCUACUUCCUGCUUUAAUUUCAACCCAAAACACCCGAGCAUGACCUAAUGACCUGAACUUUCCACCUUUACAUAUCAGACUCCUUCCAACACUCCACCAUCCCAGUUUUUAUCAUCAUUAUCAUUUUUAUCUUUUUUUUUAGUAAGCGUGACAAUCUAUAUAUUGUUUUCUAGGUUAGAAUGCAAUUUCUUUCACUUUUGGUUAUUUUAGUUUAAAUCUUUAAACGUAUCUUUAUUAAUGCAAUUCAUGUAAUUAUUAGCACUUGGGAUAUGUGGAAUAAAUAAUAAAAGUGAAAAUAACUAAUUUAUUUUUGAUUGUACAAUAAAAAAAAAAUUGCAGAAAUAAAAGAUUUCUAAAAUACAUAGAUAAGUUAUCAGAGUUUGAGAAGAAGAAAAAAAUUCCUGUAUUUCCAAACUAGAUCAUAUUGAGAUUAUGGCAGCCAGGGGAAGAGACCUUAAAGAUGCAUUUUCAAAGAGCUUGAUUUGUGAGCGAUGGGGUGAGCAGAUCAGCAACAUGAACGAAACCAGUUCUUGUUAACUCAGUCCUUCAUCACUAGUUCCAGCCCAAUAAAGCCAAUAAAAAAGAAAUAAAAAUUAUACAGAAUGGACCUGAAGAGCUUUAGCAUUCAGGAAAUAAAAAGUGGAAGGAGAGUAGUCUGAAUUGGGUUCUGGAGACCAGCUCCAGCUCACACAUUGAACUCUGUUGCCAGCCAUGAGCAUUUCCAAGCCAGUGAUGUCACAUCCAUCAGUAGCUCCAUAUCCCAGAGCUGACUGACUUCUCUUAUGAAGACACACCACUCAAGCCCAGUGUUUCUGGGAACUCACUCACCUGGAUCAGGUGAUAUCCUGCAAGGACAGAGAUUGGCUCUUGUCUCAGACCUUCCCCAAGGUUUUAGAGAGUGAUUGACACUCAGUUUGUGACCUCUACAGUGAGCUUCCUCCCACCUGAUUGUGAAGAGCUUCAACAGGAGCUUAAAUCCCAUCACAGCAGAUCUAACACACUCGAUCAUGGUUAGUUUUAUUUUUAACAAACAAACACUGAGAGAACAGGGACGACACACCUGACAAAUACACUACGUUAUGAGCUCUAUGAAGCUGAUAUGAUGUCUCUGAUUUGUGAUUAGUUUGGCAAAUCGACUGGAAUCUUUAUAAAUCUGCUCUAGUGGGCGUGGCUUAUGAUAAUGAGAUGGCUGAAUGAAGAUUUUCCUCCUGAUUCUAGGCAGAGAGCAAAAACUGUUGCAAUCUGAUGAGAAAUG